GACAAAUCAUGGUGCUCAUCCACUGUGUUUCCUUCCGUUUUGGCGCCAUUUCAACUGCUUACCAGGCGUCGGAUCAACCAUUCUAGGGUUUCGCCUUGGGCGGGAAAGCAAAGAACGGAGCCAGAUAGCAUGAUUUGACGUAAAGAUUCAAGGCGAUAGAAUGGCGAACAAAUUAAUUAAUCAGAUGGGAUUACCCAGAUCGAUAGCUAACAUUUUCGCAGCGCGAAAUAUUAACACAGCCAAGGAAGCUUUAUCCUUAACUGAGUUUGAGUUGAUGGAGUUAUUGGACGUGGGAUUGUCGGAAGUUGCAUCUGCAGUUGCACACAUUAGUGAAAUUGCUUCUCCUCCUUAUCAGACCGUGCUUUCUUUGAUGGAGCAAAGACUUCAAAACGAGCAUUUAGCUGGCCAUCUUUCCACAUGUUUAAAAGGUUUAGAUGAGGCCUUAUUUGGUGGGAUACCAUUUGGUGUUUUGACAGAACUUGUUGGUCCUGCUGGAAUUGGCAAGACGCAAUUUUGCUUGAAACUCUCCUUCUUAGCUGCUCUGCCACCGAGCUACGGAGGUUUAGCUGGCCGUGUCAUAUAUAUUGAUGUGGAAUCUAAGUUUAGUUCCAGAAGGAUGAUUGAAAUUGGCAUGAGAAGCUUUCCUGAUGUAUUUCAGAAGAAAGACAUGGCAAAAGAGAUGGCUGGUAGGAUCCUUGUUUUGCGGCCAGCAUCACUUUCUGAAUUCACUGAGAGUUUGCACAAAAUCAAGGUUUCACUUCUUGAGCAAGAAAUAAAGCUAGUAAUCAUUGAUAGCAUGGCUGCCCUUAUUACUGGAGAAUAUGAGCAAGGGGCACCCAAACAGCAUUCAUUGGGUUGGCAUAUUUCGUUUAUCAAGUCAAUUGCUGAGUUUGCACGAAUUCCAAUUGUCGUGACAAACCAAGUAAGAUCCCGGAACAGGAAUGAGGUCUCCCAUUAUUCUUUUCAAGGAUUGAGCAGCAGUGAAAUUCAAGAAUGUUCUUCAGGAUAUGAUUCUCAUCUUGUUGCUGCCUUGGGAGUUCAUUGGGCUCAUUCUGUGACAAUCCGUUUGGUGCUUGAAGCAAAAUCUGGUCAGAGGUUUAUAAAGCUUGCAAAGUCUCCCAUGUCUCCACCUCUAGCUUUCCCAUUCAGCAUAACCUCAUCCGGAAUUUCCUUGCUGAGCGACAAUGGAAAAGAACUGAGUGGAGCAGAGAUCAACGAGAUUCACUGCCAAGGACACAGUGACAUUAUCAGCUAUCAAUUAGGAAAGCAGCAGUGACCAUUGCCACUGACAUGCGAAUACAAUUGCUAAAAACUCAGUCUUCUCAUACGUAUACGAGACUUAUGCUGACUCGAUGGUUUCCUGUUGCUACGUUUACAGGAUAGCUUAGAACUAACCAGCAGAACAUGGAAGAUCAAGGCUGCGGAUGACUCCUGUUGGGAGGAAUUGCAUACCUUAAUUUCUUUAGUGAUAAAAAAGUGUGGAAAGUACAGAUAGGACUUUAGUUUCUUAGUGAUAAAAAUGUUUAGAAAGUACAGAUAGAUCGUCAUUUUGAUACAUUUAAAUGUUAGAACAAGGUUGACUUGAAUUUGGACGUCCUUCAUUGAGAUCCUAAUUGGUACGAUGGUACGUCGUGGCAUUUACGUAUAUCCAUUGAAGCUCUAUAGGUUAUGGAAUAUAUCCCUGAAUUGUUGCCUCGAAAUUUUUUAAUGCUGCACUUUCUUCUGAUUAUUAUCUUGAUGGUGAAGGUCCCAACACGGUGGUUAUUCUUAGGCCCCUGAAGGUGGUGACUAUCCAUUUAGAGGAUGAAUCUUGCAUUCUCUAUCAAAAGUUCUGUUAAUGCAUCAAAUCAAUGUGGUAGACUAAUGUUUCAAAGAUUGCAAAACACCAAAUUCUGGAUCUCUUGGAACAACGGUAUCAAAACCAUGGAAUUUGUGUUAUGUUCUGAACAGGUACGGAGUAAUGCAUUUUAUGAUCUCAAGCGUGUUUCAUCAUUCCAAACUUUCAAGUACAGCAAGCUCGGGAAGGUAAAAAAAGAGUUAACCCGAAGGGUUUUCUAUCAAGGAAGAUUGGUUGCUGGAAGAUGGAGCGAAUUCUCCUGAACCUGUUUAUGGGCAUUUUUGCAAGUGGUUAGCUGAAAGAAGGCAAUCUCAAUACUGGCCAACUAAGGAAGGAUCCUAUGGACUCAUUAUCCUCUCUCUCUCUCUCUUGCCGGUUGUGUAUUUUUAUUUUGCCGCGCCAGCAGUUGAGGUAUUUUUUAAUGCUUAAUGGAUGUCUGGCUUUUAUGCUGUUUCUAAUAAAUUAGUGAAAGCACAGGUUAGUCUGACUAAUACAUUGAACUUGAACUUGCCGACCGUUAGCAAAUAUUAUCUUCUUUGAGUUUUUCUCUUCUUGGCUUUCCCUUCAGAUUUUAAAAUGUUGCUGGGAGGUUUUCACACCCUUAUAAGUAAUGCUUCGUUCCCCUCUCUAACAAAUGUAGGAUCUCACAAUCCACCCUCUUGGUGGCCCAGCGAGGUAUCAGAACAACACAAACCCACCGCUAGCAGAUAUUGUUCUUUUUGGGCUUUUGCUUCCAGACUUUCCUUAAAUGUUUCCAUAUCAUUAUAAAGAAUAUUUUGUUCGUCUCUCCAA